AUUGGAAACGAUUAAAAAUCUUUUUGAAAAUCAAAAUACAUCAAUCGGCCCUCGUUGAGGCUCGAAUGGCGUCGAAGGCGCUUCGAAAGGCCAACAGCAGUCAAUCAGCUCUUUUAUUCCCGCCAACUAUGCUUCCUUUCAAAACCCCUCUGAUCUCACCGAAAGUACCCUAACCCUUUUUGUUGACAAAAUCCCCAAUCACCCCAGCAGUCCAUUCUAGUCUUCUAUUGUUUUACCGAUUAGCCUUACAUUGCAAUGCAAUACAACAAGACCAUGGAUAACAAUCUGGUACAGAGGAUUGAACAGCAGAAGCCCUUAUUGGUAUACCAAAGAAGAAACGGCACAAUAAAAAAUUCUGAGCAACUUGGUAAAUCUGACACAACUGCCAGCAGUAGCAACAACAAAGAUGCCCUCAUUGAAAACCAAUCAGUCAUCAGUAAUAACAAUGAUAAGAGUAAGGUCAUUUUUGUAUACAGGAGAAAAAGAAAAAGAAUAACAACAGAUGUCCAUGUGGUAAGAAUAACAACAGAUACCCAUGUGGUCAAGCUUGAAGCUGAAGCACCGGAAUGUCUUAAUUCUAGCGAUAGUCCAAUGAAUGAUGAUUUUACAAGCAUAAUAACAGCAGAGACCAUCCACAGCACUAAAGGCAGCAGUGCUUACGCCAACGGCAAUAGGUCUGAACAAUUGGGUCGUAGAAAAAAAGGGUCAGAACAAUCAGACUAUAGGAAAAAUGGGUCUGAACUGUUGGAUCAGGGAACAAAUAAGAAGAAGAGGCCUCGCUUAGCGGUUUGUAGGUCUGUUCAGUAUGAACUCAGAAGUACAGUUUCCAGGCCCGUUCAAUCCCAACUCAGUACAACUGCAGAGGAGGCAAAGCCAGACGUUUCUGCCACUUCAGAGCUCACACAGGUGGUAAUGCUGCCCAACAAAGCCAGUCACAGGGCGUUUCAGAGGGCUAGAAAUGGCGCUCCCAAGCGCCAUAGAAGGUAUUUGAAAUACUCCACAAUUUUGAAGAAUACAAAUCACGGAAUUGGUAAUAUUGUACAUGGAAAUGACUCUGAUGUUUGCCAAGAUGUUGAAGACUAUAUGGGAGAUGAACGGAAACGGAAGGUAAUCAGGACCAUUGAAAGCCUCUAUGCUUUUCCUGCUGACUAUCAGGACUUUUACAUGAGGCCCUGGUAUUUGAAAUCUUCCACCAUGUCAAAGGAUUUGAGCUAUGAAAGUGACAAUUCUAAAAUUACUAGACACGGGGAGUAUCCAGAUCUUUAUACACAAGAUGAGGAUGAUAUUGAAGAUGAACGGAAAAAAAAGGUGUUUAGGAGCAUUGAGAGCUUGUACGUUUGCUCCCUCAUUAAGGAGGAGAAGUCUUGUUUAAUAAUUCACAGCUUGAUGGAGGGGAUGUUCAAGGAUAGACGACUUUUACCAUACAUAAUCACAGACCGACUGCGUUUUCUUUUAAUCAGUGGUUCCAUUUCAGAUUUUGAGGGGCCACAAGAAAGUGUGAUUAAGAGUAGCUCGGGGAAGAUUGUUCUAAGUGGUUUGUAAAGGGGGUCUUGCAGGUGCACUUAAGUAUACAGAAUUUCCUGAAGGGACAACUAUAUGUAGUCUACUCAGGAAUUGAUUAAUUAAUGACAGGAUGGGUACUAUUUCAUGAAGAUUCUCAGGUCAUUUUCUCAAGUGUAUUAAAACAUUUUGUGGCAGCUUUGGAUGGUUACAUAUUGAUUAGUUUGUUAGUCUAAUCUGGAUAUCAUCAAGUAGUGUCGAUGACUUAUCUAUUAUAUGUCUAGUCCAUAUUUCAUGGACACCAGAAGCUCUCCUUUCUCUGGCAUGUUUAGAUUGAUCAUUCAUCUAAAUGUUUUGCAUUGCGUUAGGGUAAUAGUUGAGCUGAUUUUGAGUGGAUGAAUUUGGCAGAACAGGAGAGAUCGAAUUUCUUACACUAUGCUGGCAUAUCUUCUUUUGGUUGGGAUAUUUUUAAACAUUUGAUUGAAGGACUUUGGAGAUGACUUCAGAGGAACUUAUGGACAGUUUUUAAUAUCCUCAAAAUGGGAGUCUGGUUUGGAACUCAAGGAUAUGCUAAAUUCAUCUUCCUGUCCAUUUGGGUCUUCUUUACACCUCUGCUAAUUUCUCCUGUACAAGGCUCUGACUUAUUGGUAUGCAAUUGAAAGUGCCAUGGGCAAGCUGGGUUCUCUGAAUAUGAUUACUAUGAAUUUACCCCUUGCUCUAGAGCUAUGUCAAUGUAGAACUUUGCAAGUUGUCCGUUCUGUUUAUGUUAAAUGUAAAUAGUAAUUACUUUAUUUAAUAAUGCUUUGUGAGAUUUUCAGUUUA